CUUAUAGUCAUUCAUCUCGGCCUCUCUACUGAGCUCUUGCUAAACGACAUUGGUUUUUUGUUAUCCUUCGAUCUUCAUCAAUGGCGAAAGAACCAGUUCGUGUCCUCCUUACUGGAGCUGCAGGUGCUUAUUAUAUGGAAGAUUCACAAUUGGUUAACAAGCCACCCUACUUCAAUGGAGCAAAUUAUGCCUAUUGGAAGAAUACGAUGAUGCACUUCAUUCAAGUCAACGAUCUAGGAGCUUGGAACUCAAUCAAUAAGGGAUAUUCCACUCCACCCGGUGAGAUGGAUGAUUGGAGUGAUGGAGAGAAGAAGAAGUUCCAACUCAAUGCUAAGGCUACACACUUCCUCUUUUUCUUGGCAUUCGAAGAAGACAGCGAUUAUCGAAACUAA